UUUGUAUUUUUGUUAUUAUUUUCAGGUACUAUGGAUAUGGCUAAAUCGUCGUCUUCAUCUUCAAUUGUUUCGAUUGUAUCUCCGGCCUCUGCAGUGGUCAUGAGCAUCAUCGUAUCUGCGAGUUUGUUCUGUAACAGUAUCAGCGCUUUUCUUUUCGUGCUGUGCUGUCAUGCUGUUCUUUCUGGAGUUAUCAUUUUACUUGAUUCAAUGGAAUCCGAGGAAGAGAUGAUGUCUUUUAAGAAAAUGGAUGUUGAUGCUCAAAAAAUCGAUCAGAUUUCUCUUUUAAAGUCGCAUUACGAGUUAAUGCAUGUUGAUAUAGAUACUACCGCUUCAUCUUCAUCUCUGUCUGCCCUUGAUCAGAAAUAUUCCGCUCUAAUAUCACAGAUGUCCACCAUAUUGGCCAGAAAAGUUUCUGUCCGUACUCAAGAGUCACCAAUAUGUAAAUCCUCUACGCAUGAGCUCAAGCUAACAAUUCCUGCCAAGAAACCACCGCUCCCUGCCAUUAUGACGAAAAAGACACCACUUCCAACAAGGGAACUGCCAAUAAGUGUAUCCUCUGCUCCUGUGCCUAAACCGCAGGACUGUGCCAAUAAACAGCAGGUCCCUGUCCAAACAUUGCUAGUCUGUACCCAGAAAUCACGGGUCCCUGUCCAAACACUGCUGGCCCCUACUCAAAAACCAAAGAUCCCCGCCCAAAAACUACGGGUCCCUAUCCAAAAAACGCUCCCUGCCCAAAAACCACAGGCAGCUACCCAAAAUCUGCGGGUCCCUGCCCAAAAAGUGCCCUCUUCCCAAACAUCACAGGUCGCAACCCAAAAAUCGCUGGUCCCUACCCAAAAACUAAAGGUCUCUGCCCAGAAACUACAGGUCCCUCACAAAAAACCGCUCCUGUCCCAAAAACCACUGGUCUCUGCCCUAAAACUACGUGUCCCUGCCCAAAAACCUCUCCCCGCCCAAAAACUACAGGUUGCUACCCAAAAUCUGCGAGUCUCUGCCCAAAAAAUGCCCUCUUCCCGAACAUCACAGGUUGCUACCCAAAAACCGCAGGUCCCUACCCAAAAACCAAGGGUCCCUGCCCAGAAUCUACGGCCCGUGACCAAAAAACUCUCCUGUCCCAAAAAUCGCGGAUUGCUACCCAAAAUCUGCGGGUCUCUGCCCAAAAACCGGUCUCUUCCCAAAAAUCACAGGUCGCUACCCAAAAAGCGCAUGUUUCUGCCCAAAACCCACAAUGCCCUCCCCUCCUAGCUAGAAAACCAUUGGUUCCAAUCGUAGAGUUUCCAUCACGUGUUUCCACUACUGCUGAGGUCAAACUGCCACAUGCUAAAAAACCUCAUAAAUGUGUUUCUUCUACUUGUGAGCUCAGAAGACCAAUGCUUCAAUGGAAGUUCUAAAAUCAAAGCAUUUUUUGACCUGAAGACGAUGGUGAACAGGGCUUGCAGCUGAGCUACAAGCAAAGCCGUACUACCUAUACAGAUAAGGGAUGUUCCAGUAUGCAUGAUUUUGCUAUAUUAGUUAGAUUUACUUAAAGCUUACUUUUCUACUUGUAUAUGUAGGCUACAAAGAGUGCAUGCAGCUCAACAGAUCAUCUUCAGUUGUUGGAUGUGGGACCAACUUCAGUUAUAGCUAAGCAGAUAUAAUGGCCCGUUUUGUAUUUUUAUUCGCAGAUGACGAGGAGGAAUGUGAUUGUCUUCCCCAGUCCUUCAAUAAAGGGCCAGCUCCAGACGUCAUUUUCAGUUCAUAAAAUUCAUAUAGAGUUGAAUACAUGGUGAUGAGGCAUAUCUGAAAAUGGGUGGAUGCUAGAUUUUUUGCAUUAGAUCUUCUCACAUGUAUCCACUAUCUGUUGUCUUAUUUGUCAAAUUUCCAUUAUUGGCCUCUAAAGAAAAGUCAAAACUAUUUCUUCUACUUGUUCUUUCUCUUGUUUUGGUUUUAUUUUGUUUUCCAUGGCAGGUGAUCAUCAUGGAAACUGGAAACAUAUACAAAUUUGUGAAUCAGAUUCAUAUUCAUAAGCUAUUUAUUAUGAGCUUUUUAUAAUGAGUUUUUCAUGUUCAUUGUUUUUCAUUAUUCAUUGUAUAUUACAGUAGUACUUUUGUUAUUAUUAUUAUGAGUUUAUGAGUAUUAUUAUUAUUCAUUGUGUA